CAGCUUAUCAAGAUAAUUCGAUGCAGUAAUACUGCAAUCAAAAAGAAUUAAUCGAACUGCUAUUAACGUUUUGCAACACUGCACAAUAGAGUUUGCCAAACUAAAAUCAUUUUUUCAUUACAAUGUCCAACGACAGCAUCGAGCCGAAGUACCAAGUUACAAAGAAAGCGCCAAUGCGCCGCUCACGUGCUGCUUGCCACAAGAGCAGCGACAGCGACGACUGCGUAAAGCCUCCAACUGCAUCUAUUGCUACUAAGAGUGCUGAGUUGCCAAAAAAGAUGAGUGCUGCGCAACGCGCUAGAAAUCACUACCAUGAAAUCUGCGGGCAAUUCAGACUUGAAUUAAAACAAAAGUUAAACUGCGAAUAUUUUGUGGAAUUGCCAGCUAUUCGAAACUCACUAGCUAAGGCGCAGCCCAAGUGCUUGCGUAUACCAAAGUUUCUUCAAUUCGAAGAACAGGCUUAUGACCCGGAAACCUAUCAAAGCAAGCCGACUGGACACAAGCCAAAUACCACUGUGCGUUGGUGUCAUUCUAAGGACACUGCAAGCGGCAAGCUCAUUGCGCAGUCAAACGCUUUUUUGGUUACCUGGGAGGAUAAGACACAAACCUUGCAUGUGGGCGAUGAAGUUUUUGAAUUGGACUCGCGCAAACUGGAGCCAGUUAAAAAUCAUUGGUAUUUGCGCUUCGACGCUUACUAUCAGCGGCUUUGUGGCAUCAACGAGCAGAUUACAUUGCGCACUCAGCCAGAGUUAAGCCAAAGCGAGGUCAACAAAUGAAUAACUACAGCUUAAUUCAAUGAAUGUCAAACUCUAUGAUCAAUAUUAUAAAGUGCCUGCAGCUAGAAACUGUUGUACUUUCAUAGAAAACAUCAAAUAAAUUCCAAUG